AUGCAAGAAGCAGGAGUGCAGCCGGACAAAGCUGCAUGCAACAUUUUGAUCCAGAAAUGUUGUGCCAAGGGAGAGACCAAGACAGUGAUUCCUAUUCUUAAUUAUAUGAAAGAGAAUCGAAUCGUUCUUCGGUACUCUGUGUUCCUGGAAGCAUCGAAGACUCUACAAGUUGCUGGCGAGAGCGAAGCCCUCCUCAGGCUAGUCAAUUCUCAUUGCUUUGACGAAGCUUCUGUUUCCACAACUUCUGCAGAUGAUCUUAUAGAUCGUGGCCUUGUUAAUUUUCUCUUGACGAAGAAAAGUCUCAUUGCAGUAGACCGAUUACUUACUUAUAUGAUGGAUAAGAACAUGUUGUUGGAUGCUUGGACUGUUUCAUACGUCGUCGAGAAGAAUUGCGAACUUGACAGACUGGACGGUGCUUUAUUAGGAUUUGAAUGCAGCAGGAAAAUGGGAGUGGGACUUGAAAGAACAGCAUAUCUUGGUUUAACAGGAACGGUGAUGAGAUCGAAUAUGUUCGAUAAGUUACUUGAGAUUGUCAGAGAAAUGAUCAAUUCAGGACACUCUCUUGGAAUCUAUCUAAGUUCUGUUUUUAUAUACAGGCUUGGGAAAGCUAGAAGACCCACUUGUGCUGCAAAGUUGUUCGGUUUGUUGCCUAAUGACGAGAUUUGCGCUGCUACUUACACUGCUCUCAUUAGUGUACACUUCUCUGCUGGUACUGCAGAGAAGGCGCUCAAGACUUUUGAAGCGAUGAGAAAGAGAGGCAUUUUGCCUUCAUUAGGAACGUACAGAAUUCUGUUGGCGGGUCUCGAAAAUGCUUCGGCACAGCUCAACGCUUACAAGCAAGGAGAGUUGAAGAAUGAACUUAUGACAGCGCUCUCCAUGAUCUGCACUGGAGAAUCCUUCACCAUGAUGCUCUUGAUUGUCUCGUCGCAGCUUAGUAAUCCAAAGUUCUGCACCCCAAGGGACAGAAACUUAUGGUGCCUCUUUGGGACCUGA